AUGUCUACUUUGAACUUCUUGGGUUAUUUGAAUCUGUCGCACAACAAUUUGUCAGGAAAAAUUCCAUCAAGCACUCAACUUCAGUCUUUCGAUCCAUCAGCCUAUAAUUGGAAUCAUGGUCUCUGUGGAUCACCUCUUCAGAAUUGUGCUAAUGGGACACAUUAUUCCCAAGUCGCAAAUGAGGAAGAAGGAAACGGAGAUUGGACAGAGAUGUUAUGGCUUUACAUAGGUCUUGCAAUGGGAUUCAUAGCUGGCUUCUGGAUGAUCAUCGGUACCAUUAUCAUCAAGCAAACCAUAAGAAAUGCUUAUUUCCGAUCCAUUGACAAAGUGCAUGAUUGGAUAUAUGUGAAGAUGGUUGUGUGCACUCUCGGAGGCUGA